GCCGGUCUCCAGGGCGACUUCCCGCCACCGCAGGCUUCGCGGGCCCUGGAAAUGCCCGAGACGCCCUAGGACCGGGGACGGUGUUCUUGAAACUUAGUUUGAUGUAGACCUUUUUAAUGAGUCGAAGGCAGGAAGUGCUUUUCCUCCUGGGCCAUCAGAAGCCGGUCGGGUCCGGCAGGGCACCUGCGAUUCACUGCAGGAGGCUGGCUCUCCGCUGGGUUUCUGCUCGGUACUGCCCGCCUCCUGGUCCCAUGCUCCUCCCUGCUCAGCAACCCCGUGCGGCCCACCCGGGGGGACUCUGAUGGUCAGCAGGCAGGGCCACCUUUCCUCUGAACUCACCUCCCGAGAGUCAAGGACAGGACCGCCUGGGAAUAUUGAUCUCCUUUUGAAAAUCAGAGAACAUGGUACAAACCGUACAGAAGAGCACACAGUGAGAAGUCCUCCGCCUUCCCCCCUUCGGUUUCUUCCCCAGAGGCAACGACAGUGAUCGAGUGGACACCCCAGACCCAGGCCAGCGCUCUCCUGGGUGGCCCCAUGGAGGGGAGGAAUGGCACCAACUCCACCAGGGCCCUGCAGCUGACGGAUGGGACCAGUGCCGCCUGGUACCUCCUCACCAUCAUCGGCAUCUACGGAGUGAUCUUCCUCUUCCGGUUAGCCAGCAACAUCCUCAAGAAGAAUGUUAAGUCCUUUGAAGAUAUUUAUCACUCAAAUUUGUCCUAUGAACUCAAAAAGAAAGAGCUCCAGAGCAAGGUGGCCAAGUGCUCCUCACCGACCUUUAGCAACACGGCUGUCCCGCAGUCCGGUCAGGCCAGCCUGGGGCCAAAGUGUGCAAACGGUGGGCCUCAGACUGGGACCCAGGCGGUCCACUGAGAGCAAAGGCAGCAGACGAAGGGAUAAGCUUCCGAUUUACCUGGAACCUUGAAAGAGGGGUCACACCCUUGUGCGCGGGACCAAGGAAGCAUUUCUGAGCUGGGGACGCUGCAGGCUGAUAGGGCUUGACUGGAAGCCAGCAGCCUGUGUCCAUCUCAGGCUUUCUGAGGUUGGAGAAGAGAAUGGAGGUAGAAGACCACUUUCCCUUCGCUAGCAAAGCCUGUGCUCCAAGGAAGAGUGUGGGCUUCAGUGUGCUCAGAGGAAUCAGGAGACUCCAAGGCAUAGGCAAUGCGCUGUUUUCUUGUCAUGGAAAGAAGACUGACUCUGGAACAAACUUCUGCGGAGUCACAUCAACUUUAAGUGGUUAGUUGCUAACCUGGAAUAUAUGGGAGUUGGGAUAAAUGGUCCCAAAGGGCCAUUUCAUUUAAAUACUCCGACUCCGUUGAGUUUAAGACCAAAGUCGUUCACUUGAGAAGUUAGGAAUCCUUCACUUUCACUGAGAGUCCUGUGCGUUAAAGAAAGCACUAGUUUUGGACUCAGAUGAAUCACUUAGGUGUCCAGGCACAAGCAACUUCACCCCUCUGGAACUUAAUUACAGAUGAAGUGAGAAUGAGGACAGAGCUGCCAACCCUGCCAAGGAGAUGAGAGCGACUGAGACCAUGAGAUGCACCCAAUGAGACCUGGGAAGGUAUUUUGAAAAGCAAACUGGGAAUAAAAAUAUAAACCUUGUGGUGGCACUGGUGAUCGAUGGUGACAGAUGAUACUGAUGGUGGUGUUGUUAGUAACGGCAGACGUUGAUGGUGGUGGUAAAGGCUGAUGUUGGUAGUUGAUGUUGGUGUCCUGAUGGUGCUGAUGACAGUGGAUGCUGAGGGUGGUGGAGAUGGUAUUUGUGAUGGUGGUGAAGGUUUGGGGUCAUGGAGAUGGUGGUGGAGGAGGAGGAGGUUGGGGGUGAUGGUGGUGUGGUGCUGCAUCGUGGAACAGGAAAUGACUAAUCCAUUGGCAGCCAGUCUCUCCACAUGGCCGUAUGGUCUUGUUCUGCAGGAGAGUCCGUCUGCCUAUCUUGUAACCACCCCUGCUAUGAGUUGAGUCCCUGAGAUUCAGGUUUUAAUGGUAGUUACUUUAAGCACCAUGUAAUUCACUCGAAUAUUUUACAAUUAUCUCUUGCUUACACACUUGUCCAAGAAUUAAGGUCAUGUUUAGAUGACUGAGUAAUUUAGGGAGCUGUGAUUAGCUGAAUUUCUUUAAGUGCCUUUCAGCCGGCAAUGAGAGCAACUCUAUUCCAUCCUAUGAAGAUCAUCCAGCUUGGCUUUUGGAGAUGUCCCAGAGCUAGAGAAAAAAAAAAAUUUCCUGUGCUCUGGUUUUUCUUCAGAUUAC